AUGAUCCUCUACAAAGCCGAAGAUGCGCUAAUGUGCAAGGUGUUUGCAAUGACUUUGCGAGGAGUAGCUCAGGACUGGUUUCAUACCCUGUCAUCCAGGUCGAUCAGCAGCUUCAAGGAGCUUACUUAUGUCUUCACCAAGGAGUACACUUUUUACUGGAUGAUCAAGAAGAACCCUAACCACUUAUACAACCUGCGCAACAAGCUCGAUGAAUCCCUUCGAGAUCGCAUUAAGAGAUUCAAAGCAGAAAGGCCAACAUCGGCAGAGGUCUUUGCGACCGCGAAACACUGA